GGAAAAGUUUUGGACAGAAAGUCUCUUCGUCUCCUCUCAGCUCCUCAUUCAUUUCAACAUGUUUUCCAUCCGAAAACCAACACCAAACUCAACUCACCAUAAUGUAUCAGCAACGACAGUUCACCCAUUCACCAUCGUCCCCACCACCUACACCCACACUAACACCACCAUCGAUCCACUUGCUGAAGCUAUUACCAACUUCUUCUAUGACUUUCUGGACAAGAUUCCCUUACCUUAUUGGGCGAUCUUCACCAUCUUUGGGGUCGGCGCUCUGCUGAUUCUGCUCUGCUGUCUGUGCAUCUGCAUAAAGUGCUGCUGCAAAGACAAGAAGAAGCAAAAUCAGAAAAAGGAUGAGAAGAUCAACAUGUUGGGGGUGAAUGGGACCUCCACCACAGCUCUGGUUCAGCCAGAUGUGGCAGAUGUGGACUACGGCUCUACCAAAAAGCAGAGAGGGAAGCUGCUCUACUCUCUGGAGUACAACGCCGCUCUGUCUGAGCUCACAGUUGGGGUUAAACAAGCUGACAGCUUGAAGGCCAUGGACGUGGGAGGAAGCUCGGACCCGUACAUCAAAGUCUACAUCUGCCCCGACAAAUCCAUAACCUGUGAGACCAAAGUGUUCAGAAACACGCUAAACCCCAUCUUCAACGAACAGUUCAGCUUCCAGAUAUCCAAGUCCUCUCUCCUGAAGUCGACUGCGGUGAUGAAGGUGUUCGACUUCAAUAGAUUCACCAAACACAACAUCAUCGGUGAGCUCAGGGUGGAGCUCUGCGAUGUCGACUGGAAUCACGUCAUCGAGGAGUGGAAGGAUCUCGGUGAACCGGCCAAGUUUGAGGGGGAAGAGCUGGGAGAGAUCUGCUUCUCUCUGCGUUAUGUUCCCACUGCUGGCAAACUGAAUGUGGUGAUCCUGGAGGCCCAAAACCUGAAGAGCAUGGACCCCGGAGGAUUCUCAGAUCCGUAUGUAAAGCUGCAGCUGGCUCUGGACAAGAGGAAGUGGAAGAAAAAGAAGACUCACGUUAGAAAGAAGACGCUGAACCCGUAUUACAACGAAUCCUUCACCUUUGAUGUGACAUUUGAACAAAUCCAGAGGGUGAACCUGGUCAUCUCUUUGUGGGACCACGAUGCCGUGUCCCGAAAUGAUGCCAUGGGGAAGAUAUUCCUGGGCUGCGACGCCACAGGGAACCAGCUGAGACACUGGGCCGACAUGUUGUCCAACCCGCGGCGGCCGGUCGCUCAGUGGCACAGCCUGCUGUCGGCCAAGCAGGUCAACUCCACGCUGAACCUGAAAAAGAAGAUCCCCCUCCGUGACAAACUGCCCCUCUGA